AAGCUGGGGAAAGCAGCUGAAAAGAAAAAGCUCAGCACGCUGAAGAAUGUAACUGAAGAUUGGCUCAUAUCCCUAGUACUAUGUCAUUGAAUCUGUUAGCUUUGUUAAAUGGGUUGCUUUUAAAUGUUAAAGCAAGACGUUGUAAACAAGGUUUGCAGCAAAGUCUGUAACAUAGCUUGGCUUCUUUCAAGGGGAAGAGGAGACUGGGAUUUGACUGGAUACCAUGGCAAAGAAGGUGGCAGUGAUUGGAGCUGGGGUCAGUGGACUGAUAUCUCUGAAGUGCUGUGUGGAUGAGGGACUUGAACCCACUUGCUUUGAGAAAACCGAAGAUAUUGGAGGGCUAUGGAGGUUCAAAGAAAAUGUUGAAGAUGGCUGCGCGAGUAUCUAUCAAUCUGUCAUCACCAACACCAGCAAAGAAAUGUCCUGUUUCAGUGACUUUCCAAUGCCUGAAGAUUUCCCAAACUUCCUGCACAAUUCUAAGGUCCUGGAAUAUUUCAGGAUUUUUGCCAAAAAGUUUGAUCUACUAAAACAUAUUCAGUUCCAGACAACCGUCCUCAGUGUGAGAAAACGCCCAGAUUUCUCAUCUUCUGGCCAAUGGGUGGUUGUUACCGAGAGCGACGGCAAGGAGCAAAGUGCUGUCUUUGACGCAGUCAUGGUCUGCAGCGGCCAUCAUAUCAUCCCUCACCUUCCACUGGAGUCAUUUCCAGGUAUCCAGAAGUUCAAAGGCAAGUAUUUCCAUAGUCGCCAGUACAAGCACCCAGAAGGAUUUGAAAGAAAACGCAUUUUGGUGAUUGGAAUAGGAAACUCAGCCUCAGAUAUUGCAGUUGAGUUGAGUAAGAAGGCUGCUCAGGUGUUUAUCAGCACCAGACAUGGUUCCUGGGUCAUAGGUCGUAUCUCUGAAGACGGCUAUCCCUGGGACAUUGUGUUCCAUACCCGGUUUAGCAACAUGCUCCGAAAUGUCGUGCCACGAACAGUUGUAAAAUGGAUUGCGGAACAACGGGUGAAUCAGUGGUUCAACCAUGAAAAUUAUGGCCUUAUACCUCAAAACAAAUACCUUUUGAAAGAGCCUGUCGUAAAUGAUGAUCUUCCAAGUCGUAUACUCUAUGGAGCCAUCAAGGUGAAAUCAGGAGUGAAAGAGCUCACAGAAACUUCUGCCAUCUUUGAGGAUGGAACAGUGGAAGAAGACAUUGAUGUCAUUGUCUUUGCAACAGGAUAUAAUGUCUCUUUUCCCUUCCUUGAUGAUUCACUUGUUAAAGUAGAGAAUCGUAUGGUCUCGCUGUACAAAUACAUGUUCCCUCCUCACCUGGAGAAGUCAACUCUUGCAUGCAUUGGUCUCAUCCAGCCCCUGGGUUCCAUUUUCCCAACUGCUGAGCUUCAAGCUCGUUGGGUAACAAGAGUUUUCAAAGGCUUGUGUACCUUACCCUCAGAGGAAACUAUGAUGGCAGACAUUAUCAAGAGGCAUAAAAAAAGAAUUGACUUGUUUGGAGAUAGCAACAGCCAGAUACUGCAGACCAAUCACAUCGACUACUUGGACGAGCUUGCCUUAGAGAUAGGUGCAAAGCCAGACCUCCUUUCUCUCUUGCUAAAAGAUCCUAAACUGGCUGUGAAACUUUAUUUUGGGCCCUGCAACUCCUAUCAGUAUCGCCUGGUUGGACCUGGGCAAUGGAAUGGAGCCAAGAAUGCCAUCUUCACCCAAAAACAAAGGAUUUUGAAGCCUUUAAAGACACGGGCUCUAAAAACUUCAUCUAAUUUCCCAGUUUCCUUCCUGUUGAAAAUCCUGGGGCUUCUUGCUGUUGUGGUGGCCUUUUCUUUCCAACUUCAGUGGUUCUAAUCUGUCAGCAUAAUGCUUUUGGCUUUAAUGUCAAUCAAUACCUCUUAAAAAGACUAAAAGAAAAAAUAUUAAAUCUAAAGUCUAAAUUUUAGAGCUGAGAAAAACAGAGUGAGAGAAAUAAUUGUGGAGAGUUAGCAGAAUUAGAUCUAUAUAUAAAACCGAAAUUGUGUCAUGAAAUUUCUUUGCCAUUCUACCCUUCCCUCAAGUUCACUAGACUCUCCAAAAGGCAAUAAAAUAACACUGUCUAAAUAGCACUGCCAAGCCCUGAUAAAGUAGAGUCAUGUGGAAAAAUAGUAGAAUUACACAGAAUGAAAAGCAUGCAUGGUUUAAAUCACUGGAAAAUUUUAAUUGUGGGUAUUUAAAUGCCUGCAUGUUGUUUUUGAUAGUCCUCUUAACCAGAUUCUAUUUGGUAGCAAAGUUCUCAGAUGUUAGGUCAUGUUCCAUUUGCUUCAUGGGGAAUCACUCAAAAAUACUGGAGGAAAAAAUGAGAGGUUAGGCUUAGAAAACGGCAAUGCUCAGACUUUUAAGGCCUCACAUCAAAAGCUGAGCAAGUAGCCACAUUUCUUAUUUCUUUUUUCUUUACACAUUUCUUAUAUUUGUCUUAUAUUUUGACAGAAGUAUCGCUAUAAAAAUAAAAAUAAGCAUGCCAUAAUAGAUAUAUGUAUUUAUAAUAAGUAUAUUGAAUACUUAUCAUAGACCAGACAAUUUGCACAUUACAUGUAUUAUUUCAUUUAAUUCUACGACAAUUCUGUGAGAUGGGUACAGCUCUUAUACCCAUUUUACAGAUGAUGAAACUGAGACUCAGAGAGUUAGGUAACGUGCCCAGGACCAAGCAGCUGAUCCUGUGAUGAGCUGGAAUUGGAAGUCAGGUUUGCUUGACUCUAGACCUGAAUAUCAUAACCAUGCCCCAUAAUAUACUUAUUUACAAAGACCUCCAUUAUUAAUCAAGUACUUAUUGACAGUUUAUUUAUAAUUACAUAUGUUACUUUUGGAGGACCUUUACAUAGAAAACAGAGCUCUUCUUACAAAUAAGAUCUGAUUAAUUUUAUUUAUAAUAUUUGGGUUAUAUUUCAGCUAGAUCUAAAAUUCGUUUGAAGGAAUUUAUAAUAAAAACACCUAUACAAUAACAUUUAAGAUAAUCGUUGACAUUUUCAAAAAACAUAUAUCGAGGAAGAAAAGUAUAUCUCCCAAGGAGAUGAAAAGUGUUGUAAUGAUUGGGCCUUCUAUUUAGCUCUAACCAUACAAACAACCAAGGCUAAAAGCAAAACAAUAUUUAAUCUUUGUCAUCUGACAGCUUAUUAGGAGAGACAAACAUUUGCUCAGAACUGAACUUUUAAAUUGUCACAAGCAAUUCAAUGUCAAUAGACAUUGAGCAACAAAAGAGACAAACAUCUGGUUAUAAAACAUUCGCUACAGCCAUUCUUUCCACAAAUUGUGCUUUGGGAGAUUAGACUAUGCCAUAAGCCCUGAACAAGACCUUCAAAGAGAGGGAAAAGCUCAGAGACUCAGGAGUUAGACAAAUUUCUCCUCUUAUUCCUCCAAACCCUUUGUGAUCAUCACUCUUCACCUGGGCCUGGAUUUUUCUCUCAAGCGCCUAGAACAAUGAGAUGGUAAUCCCUGUCAGAGGAAACUCUUUAAAGGCCAUUGAAAUGACACCAGUGUUUAAAUACAAGAUUUUUUUUCAUUGCUCCUAUAAGCAGAUUCCUUUGAAAAACAAUUCCAGAUGGUGUAUAUACUUAUUGAUUAAAAAAUCAUUACUGUGCUAAUUCUCAAAGAUUAUUUGCAAGCCAUUAUAUUAUUAUGAACAACAAUAAUAAUAAUAGGGGCUUCCCUGGUGGCACAGUGGUUAAGAAUCCGCCUGCCAAUGCAGGGGACAUGGGUUCAAUCCCUGGGCCAGGAAGAUCCCAUAUCCCAUGGAGCAACUAAUCCUGUGUACCACAACUACUGAGCCUGUGCUCUAGAGCCCAUGAGCCACAACUAUUGAGCCCACAUGCCACAACUACUGAAGGCUGCACACCUAGGGCCCAUGCUCCGCAACAAGAGAAGCCAUCACAAUGAAGAGUAGCCCCCACUCUCCGCAAGAGAGAAAGCCCACGUGCAGCAACUAAGACCCAAAGCAGCCAAUAAAUAAAUAAAUAAAUAAAUAAAAAUUUAAAAUAAUAAUAAUAACAGAAUUUAUCAAGUCUUUAUACCUAGAGUAGGCAAACUACUGCCUGGAGGUCAAAACCAGCCCAAUAUCUACAUCUGUAAAUAAAGUUUUACUGGAACACAGCCACACCUAUUCAUUUAUUGUCUGUGGCUGCUUUCAAGCCUCAAUGGUAGCGUUGAGUAGUUGCAACAGAAACAGUAUGGCUCACAAAGACUAAAAUAUUUACUGUCUUGCCCUUUACAGAAAGUUUGCCAAUCCCUGUUUCGUAAUGUGCAAAGCAUUGUCCUAAUUGUUUUUUGAUAACUCAUUCAUAAUUACCACUACCCAGUGUUAUCCUAUUUUAUAGUGGAAGAUAGAGAAUCAAUUGUCAGGUUAAUGCUGAAUCAGUGGGGGAAAAAUAGUGCCAUUAGGACAAAAUUAUUACUAAAUUUGUAUCUUUGAAAAAUUUUAGAAAGGAGGUGAUCCCUUGAAUCAUUCCAAGUAUUCUGGUAUCUUUUUUAAAAGAUAAAUAGUUCAUUUUCAGAGCCUGAGAUUGAUUAAGGAAAACUCACGGAAGUCUAUUCCUCUGCCUCCAGACAUCCUGAAACACAUAGACAAACCGUCUGGGACAGCUUGUUUCAAACUAUGAUCCACAGAAAUAGCCUCUGCAUCAGAAUAUCUCAGGAAGUUUAUAGAAAUGCAGAUUCCUGAAUAAGAUGUAAUGAUAAUUCAGACCUGCUGAAUCAGAAUCUCUGCUGGAAUCUACAGUCUUGAUAAGUUCCCUGGAGGGUUCUUGUGCACAUUAAAUGUAGGAAUCAUUGAUUUGAGGCUUCUCAAAAAAAAAAAAAAAAAAUGCUGCUUUCAGAGAUUAGUCCAUGACUUUUUCCACUCCUCAGGGCCAAAUUCCUCCUUAGGUUCAGACUUAAUGUUUCUUGCUGUAUGACAUUUGUUCUUCUCCUGUAAAGGAUGAAGCUACCAUCUUCUUGCAAAAUCGCUCCCUGUGAUGGUUCCCUUUUACUAAACUUUUAGUUUAACUAUCGUUUUCUAGAUAACAGCUCCUGAUUUUCCAUUCCCAAAGCCAAAUGUUUCACAUUUGUUCUUUGCAGAAAAAUAAAGAUAUUUUUAAAAUAAAACUCUUGGACCAUGAAAUGUAACAAAAUUUCAAGUAAUAAAGAUUUUAA